AUGAAAUCGCUCAGAACCAUAAAAGAAGUUCAAAGAUUGAUCGGCUGCUUAGAUGCACUCGGACAAUUUCUAUCAAGAUUAGGGGAUAAGUGCCGCUAUUUUUUCCAGACUAUCAAGAAAAAAGCAAUGUUCGAGUGGAUAGAGGAGGUCGAGGAAGCCUUCGUACAGUUGAAGAAUCAUUUGCAUACCCUUCCUCAGCUCAUCAGUCCCCUCAAAGAUGAGAAGUUAUACAUGUAUUUGGCUAUUUCAGAUCAUUCCUUAAGUGUCGUCCUGCUUGCUGAAAGGGACGGUCAUCAGAUCCUGGUCUAUUGUUUCAAGAGGUUACAGAGACAAUGCCCUCAUCACGGUAUCCCAGUGUGGUUGUUGAUUCAAACCUUCUAUAAUGGCCUAACCCAUGAGUUCCGAAUCUACAUUGAUGCUGCAUCAGGGGGUUCUCUCUUGACAAAGAACGCAACUGAGGCAAAGGAGCUGAUUGAGAAGAUGGCGGCCAAUGAUAAUUAUCAUCCAAGAGGUCGUCAGAAUGUGAAAAAAGGAGGUAAGCUUAAUGUAGAUGCUUUGACUAUGUUAGCCAGUUCUGUGCAGGCACUAACAAGCAGGUUUGAUAAGCUCCAAGCUGAAACUUUAACUAGCCCCCAAGAGGUUUGUCAAAUGUGUAAUGUGCAGGGCCACAUCGCACCUGAUUUCCCGCAGAACAUGAGUGAGAUGUCUAUUGAACAAGCCAAUUCUUUAUACUCCUCAAAUCCCAAAAAUCCCUAUGACCCCUACUCCAAUUCCUACAAUGAAGGUUGGAAACACCAUCCUAACUUCUCUUAUAAGAACACCCAAGCACAACAGAAUCCACCACCAUCGCCUCGACCCAACAACUACAACUCACCACCCGGCUUCCAACAAAGACCACCUAUGAACCAACAACCAACGCAACUACUUCCCCAAAAAUCUAGCCUUGAGUUGAUGAUGGAGAGCUUCAUUACCACAACCAAUAGUGCCAUCCAACAACAAGGUAGCUCCAUUCAACAGUUGCAAGCCCAGAGUAAGCUUAUGGAAACCCAAAUAAGUCAGCUUUCACAACAGAUGAGUCGUUUAUCAACUCUUCACGAUCAAGCGAAGGUUCAAAAGGAACAAUGUAAUGCCGUUUUCUUGAGAAGAGAUGAACCACCUCCGAGGCAAAUAGAUGAGAAGGUGUGCAGUGUGGAGUCUAGAGAAAAUGAAAGGGGCGAAGAUGUUCAAGGUCCCUAA